AUGGCCCGUGCCGGGGCGGAUGGAUUGAAUUUGGAUACCAUGGACUCAUUGGGACCCUUUGUGGUACCUCCAUCUCAGAGUAAGCCGGAGAUGCCCGUGACGGAGUUCUUCGCAGCAGCGCGCCAGGCAGGACUUCAACAUGCCAUCAUUGAGCCAGAGCUUGGACUCUACGAUGGCCUUUUUCUUUUGAAUACCACUGCCCAGGGCUGGCUUUAUACCCUGGCGCAAUGUCCUCCCGUUGUUGGAUGUUCUGAAAGAACGCCAUUUGCCCCAUUGGUGUCACUGCAGAAAUGGAUUGCGCGAGGAUCCAUGCCGCAUGUGUGCGGGCGAUGGUCAACACAGAGAUCACAGGAAAUCCUGACGGCAUAUUUCAACGCGAUUGGCUAUGCUGCCUGGGAGAACAUUUUUGGCAUUUGGAAUGGAAUCAACCCACGAGACGCAGAACUGCUGAAGCGUGCCAUGCUCAUUUUGCGCCACUUUGGCCACUUUCUCUCAGAUCCAGGAGUUGCAUGGCUUCCCUUCUAUCCCGUCCAGAAGCUGACCUCAAAGGGCGAGAAUGUAUACGUCUCGAAAUUUGUGACUUUGGAGAUGGGAAUGGACGCUACUAGGAGCAAGGACGCUACUAGGGGCUCCUGGCAUUGCUACUAG